AUGAAGUUAAGGAUUGGUGAGAACGAUCUCAUGAAAUGGGAUUGUUCUCACCAACCUCCACAAAGAGCCCAGUGUGGAUGUUCUGUUCCUUCAGUUGCGGCUGGCUCUCUAGGCAUUUAUGCUUUUUAUCCUUACGGUGCUGACUCAUAUCAGUUCUCGUCGUUCUCCUGCUCGUCCGAGGACAUCAUCAAUCAACAGUUCUUCCUAAUCAUUUUCGAUAUCGCAGAUCCUCGAAGCUCGAUCUGUGGUGCUGUUACUUCUCACAUAGGAGAGUCUUCUUAG